UACAAUUGAGAAGUACGUGACAAAUUGGAAAAAUGCAGAUGCAACAUUUGACAAGAAAAUUAUUUAAAACACAUGGGAAAAUGCAGAGGACAUAGGGAGUUUUUUUGAGCGGUGACUUCUGAGUGAAUCAUUUUGAGCUCGUUCACUGUAAUGAUUCGUCUAAAGGAGCCGAAUUGCAAAACGAAUCAGAUUCCAAUUGCAACUGUAGAAAACACACAACAACACCAACUUCAUAAGACAUGAAACACCCGUGAUAUUUACUGGAGCGAAAACCAGAGGAUUUUCACUGAUGUACUGUAGUGUGUCAAACACUGAAACCGUUUAAAAUCUGCAUAUACCAACCGCAUAAAAAUUUGAAAUGGUGUCGUACAAGAGACUCACCCCUGAGGAAGUUCAUUUCUCAGGAGCCGCAUUAUUGGAUCCUGAUGAGUCGACGGACACGGAUCUGAAGGAAGAACACCCAGAACUGCCCCUGCUGCCCCAGAGCCCUCGCUGCUCCAUCACCAUUGCCCUGCUGACCAUUGGGGGACUUAUUGUGGUUCUCUCUGGUGUCUGGCUGCUUGGAACUAUAUUUUGGUUACAUAAGCCACCCUCCACAGAACCUCAUAGACCCCCUCUUCCCGCUGUGGCUAGAAGCCCAAACGGGACGUGGCUGCAGCCGGAGUACUGCUCGCAGAUUCCAGAAGCUUGGAGGUUUGACUGUUAUCCAGAGAGAGGUGUGGUGGUGACAGAGGAGAUGUGCCAUGCUCGAAACUGCUGCUUCAUACAGCACUCACAGGCUAAGACAUCAGGACGGAAUGGAGUGCCCUGGUGUUUCUACACACCUGACUAUCCAUCCUACGAGUUGGUGUCCAUUGCUGACACUGAGAUUGGGAAGGUGGGAAAACUGCUUCGGAACAAAAAAACGUAUUAUCCUAAAGACAUAGAUGAACUGCAGCUGGAGGUGCUGUAUGAGGAGGACAACAGACUGCAUGUGAAGAUAACAGACCCGGCUGAAAAGAGGUACGAGGUGCCUAUAGAUGUUCCUGUGGUUCAGAAAAGAGCAUCAUCAAACCCCUCUUACACUGUAGACUUCAUCAAAGAACCCUUUGGGCUGAUUGUCAAGAGAACACAAACAGGAACUGUACUGCUGAAUACAUCCAUAGCUCCUCUCUUCUACGCGGAUCAGUUUCUGCAGAUGUCCACAUCAUUACCAUCUCGUUUCAUAUAUGGACUGGGUGAACAUCGCUCCAACUUUCUGCAUGACGUCCAGUGGAACACUCUCACCAUGUGGGCUCGAGAUGUCCCACCCAUGGAGCUGACCAACCUCUAUGGCGUCCAUCCCUUUUAUCUUUCCAUGGAAUCUGAUGGAAUGGCACAUGGGUUUUUCAUGCUCAACAGCAAUGCAAUGGAUGUGGCUCUGCAGCCUGCUCCUGCUCUCACCUGGCGUAUGAUUGGUGGGAUCCUUGACUUUUACAUUUUCCUAGGCCCGGAUCCCAGCUCUGUGAUUGCACAGUACUUGGAUGUUGUAGGGAGGCCUGCAAUGCCCAUCUACUGGGCUCUGGGCUAUCAUCUCUGCCGAUGGGGCUACAAGUCAAGUGACAAAACCUGGAAUGUUGUAAAAGAAAUGCGUAAUUAUGGGAUACCUCAGGAUGUUCAGUGGAAUGACAUUGACUACAUGGAUCAUGCUUUAGAUUUUACUUAUGACACUACGAACUUUUCCAGCCUUCCUGACCUUGUGAAAGACCUUCAUAGACAUGAUCAACACUACGUUAUGAUCCUGGAUCCCGGAAUCAGUAACUCUCAGCCGUCUGGCUCCUACUGGCCAUUUGAUGAGGGGAAGAAGAGGGGCAUCUUCAUCAAUGAUUCGAAUGGAGACAUCCUUACUGGGAAGGUCUGGCCAGGACUCACAGCCUUUCCAGAUUUCUCCAAUCCAGACACACAUGAAUGGUGGUACCAGAAUCUGAAGAGUUUCCAUGAAAAAGUGCCUUUUGAUGGCGUGUGGAUUGACAUGAAUGAACCAUCUAAUUUUUUUGAUGGAUCACUGAAUGGCUGUCCUGAGAAUGAACUGGAAAAUCCUCCCUACACCCCAGGGAUUCUGGGUGGGACAUUAAAGGCCAAGACUGUGUGCGCAUCUGCACGUCAGAAAAUCUCCACUCAUUACAACAUACACAGUCUGUAUGGACUCAUGGAAGCUAAGGCAACUGAAAGUGCUUUGAGGAAGAUCACAGAUAAGCGUCCCUUCGUCAUUUCCCGCUCUACGUUUCCCAGUCAGGGCAAGUAUUCAGGCCACUGGCUUGGAGACAACAGGAGCCAAUGGAAAGACCUGGCCACAUCCAUACCAGGUAUGCUGACAUUUAACAUCCUGGGCAUUCCUCUUAUUGGGGCAGACAUCUGUGGCUUUGGAGGCAGCACUACAGAAGAACUGUGUGUCCGAUGGACCCAGCUUGGAGCUUUCUACCCUUUUUCAAGAAAUCACAACUCCAUAGAUGAACAGGACCAGGAACCAACUGCAUUUAGUCCUGCAGCUCGAAUAGCAAUGAAAGAAGUCAUCCUCCUGCGUUAUUCCCUGUUCCCACAUCUCUACACACUCUUCCAUCAUGCACACAUCAGUGGACAGACAGUCGCCACACCACUGCUCUUCCAGUUCCCAAAUGAUGAGAAGACAUACGGGAUAGAUAAACAGUUCCUAUGGGGAAAGAGUUUGCUGGUCACACCGGUUUUGGAGGCAGGGCAAGAUCAUGUUGUAGGAUAUUUCCCUAAAGGUCUCUGGUAUGAUUUCCACACCGGUGACUCAUUGGUAAGCAGUGGAGAAGAAAUCAAUCUUCAGGCUCCAAUAGACAAAAUCAACCUACAUCUCAGAGAGGGUUCCAUCAUACCUACACAGAGACCUAACACCACCCUGUGGGUGAGCAGCGGUCAGCCCCUUAAUCUGAUUGUGAGUCUGAGUGAGGACGGCCUGGCCAAGGGUGAUUUGUAUUGGGAUGAUGGAGAGACCAUUGACACUUAUGAGAAAGAUCAAUAUGCUUACAUCUAUUUCACAGUAGAACAGAAUACGAUGACAUCAGAGGUGCUGCAUAAUCAUGAAGAGGCUGCUUACAUCACAGUGGAGACCGUUUCCUUUUAUGGGGUGAAGGUGGAGCCAGAAAACGUAACCGUGAAUUCACAAGAGGCAGCGUUCACUUACCGUGACAAUCAGGUGCUGACAGUAACAGACUUGGGUCUGAACCUCAGUCGUAACUUCACAAUCAAUUGGAUGUAAAUGUGAAAGUCAUUACCGCUAUUUCAAAAUUGUAAGUUGCUGCAGAAAUCAUGACCGUAACAUCUCAAAUGACUUUAUCUCAGUACUUGGACAAUGGUGGUUCUGGUUCCAAACUGAAAUCAAAUAUACACCAGAAAGGAUAUGACAGAUUAUUGAUUGUAUGUUGAAUGUUUGUAUUAUUGACCCAGUGAUGGUCAGUUGCACUCAGAGGGAGCAAAACCGAAGGGAAGAAUUGUGUUUUUUGAUUAAAUUUAUUUGUUUGAUCUGUUAUUGGGUAUAUAUAUACCUCUGCUGUUAUAUUACUGCCUGUUAUUGCUGAUAUUGUUUCUAGAGCAGAAAGAUUCUUCUGACACUCUUUUAAACCUUUUAGUGGUGAAAAAAGCUUCUCAUCUUAAAUGUCACACACAUUUUUGUAGUGAUGCAGUGAACCAUCAGAUCCUGCUGAACUCAUAACCUUUCAGAUUCUUCCAAAUUAAGUUGAUCAUUAUUAUUUUGAUUUGCAUAAGCGUAUAUAUAUAUUGUUUACUAGCGUGUUUGCACAGUUCAGGACAUUCUGAUGCUGCAGGAAUGCAUGUUUGAGCUUUCCAUGUACUGACAGACUUGUAAUUUACAUGAUCCAAUAUGUUCAGCCAAUCCAAAUGUGAUAGAAAUAGUUUUUGUUCUCAUGAAUGAUUUGUUUUAUCGUCCAAAGUGAGUAAUUCUAAAAAUGUAUAACCAUGAAAAUAUUACGGAAGUAAAUCACUGUACAGUAUUCAUUAUGGCUUAAAUUAUGGCAUAAUUGUGCAGUAUUUUGUAAUCUACUACCAUAUGCUGUCGAUAUUAACAUUUAUAACAACAUUGUGCCUUACAGUUCAUCAAAGCUGUGAUUCAACAUUCAGUGGCUUUACUGUGAAUGUAUAAAACCCUCCAUUCAAAACACUGGGCUUCUUUACAACUUAUUAAAUGUAUAAUAAUUGAUGUAUAAUAACCUCAAAUGUAAAGAUUUGUGCGCCUGAAACUGAAUCUAAAUAAUAGAUCUACGACAGUACAAGGCAGUUUAAGGCUUCUUUCCUUUAAAUGACCCUGAACAAACUGCUGUACAGCAUUUUACAAGAGUAACAGGGUAGCGUGCAAUAAAGAUUUGAAGUGUU